AUGCCUCGGGGUCAGAAGAAUAAGCAUCGCCACCGCUUGAAGAAUAAGAAACGCAACCAAGAGAAAGGCCAUCCUGAAGAAGAUGAGUCUCAGGAAAAAGGACAUCAUAAAAAAGAAGAUUCUCAAGAUCAUAAGAAAGCACAAGAGAGUGAAGUAGUAGAAGAAAAGCCUCCUUGCUCUUCCCAUUCUGUGCCUGGAGAAAUGCUUGAAAAGCGACCUACUUCUGAAACAAGUAGUGAUGCUGAAUGGCCUUCCUGUGUACCGUCACCUGUCACUGUUUGUGAAGAUGAUUUAGAAUUUGAUGAUGGAAUUUACUGUCACUGUGGGGGGAAUUCAUUAUACUCAGAGUACCGAACCUGCCAAGAAAAUCCAUGCAAAAAUUGCCUAGAUAUGUAUGUGGCUUUUGUGGAGCAAUAUGUACUCUACAAAUUUAAAAUGAAACAACUCAUUGCCAGAAACGAUUUAAUAAAUCUUAUUGAACCAAAGUACCAAUAUAGAUAUAAUGAGAUACUUAAGAGAGCUUUUGAGAACAUUGAAAUUGUGUUUGCAGUUAGUGUGAUUGAAAUUGACUCAACUAAUCACUUGUAUGAUCUUGUCAGCAAGCUAAAACUCCCCAACAAAGGAAGGGUUUGUGCUGGCAGGGGUUUACCAAAAACUGGUCUUCUUAUGACUAUUCUGGCUAUGAUUUUCAUGAAGGGUAACUCUGCUUCUGAGGAAGACAUUUGGAAAUUCCUGAAUUAUAUGCAAGUGUACCCAGGGAGGAAGCAUUUUAUUUAUAGAGAGCCACGGAAACUCAUCACUCAAGAUUUUGUAAAACUAAAGUACCUGGAACGCAAGCAGAUACCCAAUAGUGAUCCUCCAUGCUAUCGGUUUCAAUGGGGUCCAAAAGCUUACACUGAAACUACCAAGUUGAAAGUCCUGGAAUUUAUGGCUAAAGGCAGUGGCAUUGAACCUAGUACUUUUUCAGUACAAUAUGCAGAAGCUUUGAGAGAAGAAAAUCAAAAGGCCAAGAUAAGAAAACAGUAUCCCAUUCUGGCACUAAAACCUUGUCCAGAACAUAGUCAUCACAAUGUCCAGAAGGUUAUGACACCUCAAUAA